UCCAUCUUGGAUGUGCACUGGACUGCAUUACAAACAGACGAUACCAUCGCUUCAACAGCAGCCUUCAGACAAGAGCCACUAUUUCCUGAUUCAGGUCACCUGUCCUUGAAGUUUAAAAGACUGGAAAUAGGAGAGAGAGAUACACUGAGCCAACAAGCUGAGAAGGAGCCACACAGAUUCAAAAGAGCAAUACAAGAAGUAGAAUCCCUAAGAAUGGCCUCCCUGACCUCCAGCCUCUGGAAUGAAACCACUACAUCUGUUUAUCAAUACCUUGGUUUUCAAGUUCAAAAAAUUUACCCUUUUCAUGAUAACUGGAACACUGCCUGCUUUGUCAUUCUGCUUUUAUUUAUAUUUACAGUGGUAUCUUUAGUGGUGUUGGCUUUCCUUUAUGAAGUGCUUGACUGUUGCUGCUGUGUAAAAAACAAAACUGUGAAAGACUUGAAAAGUGAACCUAACCCUCUUAGAAGUAUGAUGGACAACAUCAGAAAACGUGAAAUUGAAGUGGUCUAGCACUCUACUAAGAUGAACAAAAUCUCUGAAAACAGCCUUCAACUACUGAGAAAAAAAGAAAAUUUUCUGAGGCCAACUGUUAUUAUGAAAAUUGACUCUGAAUGAUUAAAAGAUUUCUAAAAGAAGGGAAAAACAAGUCAAAUAUGCACUUUGUCUAUGUGUAUCCCUUUCAUUAAAUGUACAGUAAAACUUCACAAAUGUAA